AUGGAGGAAUAUGAGCUUGUUGGUGCUCAAGAAUGGCUUCUUAAUGAUAAUAGACCAUCACUGAAUAGUACAACAAGCUGUCAAUACCAAAAGAGCCUAAUAUCAGGCAACCCUGCGUUUCCACAAUCUGGUGAACGGACGAGCUUACCUCGCAUUCAAGAUAGUCGAGGCGUUCAAAAGUCCUGCACCCCAUCCUCAUCCCUAGAUAACUCUCUGGCCACUCAUGACUCCGUCGUUCAUGAGUCUAGCGCAGAUAUCCAUGUUAUAAAGCGCAAAUUGCCGAUGCAUUACAAGUUUUCAAGCCCAGUGCCAUUGGCCGGCACUGACCCUAUCCCCACCAAUCUUAAAAGAAGUUCUAUGAAACCUGGUUUACAUAUAAUACGCACCCAAGGUUUGGGAGACAAUCUAGCGCGAGCUGCAUGGAGAGCAGGCCGUCCCCGAAUCGGCCAAAUCAGACUCCCUGUUCCAUAUGCAGAAUUGAAACAAAAUGAUAUCAACGUAGCUGGUGAAACAGAGCAUGCUUUCCUUGAGAAAAUCAUGCUGCACUCUAGCACCUUCAUCCCUCUACCCAACAACAACGAUCAGUCCUUGCAGGUUUGGGGUACUUCCAACCAGCUCCAGGUUGCACGUGCUCUGGUUUCCAGUGCCCUAUCUAUUCACAUGCCUCCUGAAACACAGAUGAAGAGGAAAUCAAAUCACUUUGCAAAGAUUACAUCAUAUUCUGAGCAAAAGGAAGAGAGGAUUACUAAAGAUGCAAAACACGAGGCCAUACUCCAGCUACUUAGACAAAAGCCUACUGCAACGCUCAAAUUCCCGGAAACAUUGGUGUUCAUCUGGCCAAUCGAUGAGCUGCCAAUGGAUGCAUGCCUUGGGCCUCAAUUAGAAGCGCUUGAUCCCUUACGGUCUGAAUCUGGAUGUCCCAUAUAUGUGGAUGACCAAUUACCAAACUAUAUCCGCGUGGAUGCUUGUGAUCAUGAUACAAUACUGAGAAUUGCACAUAGACUUCGAGUUGAAUGGGCGAAAAUACUUGCCGCAAUGCACGUAAAAGUGAAACUAUACCUCGUCCAACCUCCAAGAGCUUUGACAAAAUGCGAAGUUCGGAUUGAUCAGGCGCCCUCCUACAACGGUGCUGUUCUCUGCAAUCCCAUACUCCAUGGUAUAUGUUCAGAUUCAGCACUUUUCUACAAUGAGAAUCAAGCACUUCGCGCAAAAAAUAUGAGCCUGUUACGUGACUCCGUUACGCGUUCACUGCAAGGGCUACGUUUUCUUCGAGCUCAUGUUCGAAUGCGAGUCAGUUUUGGAAAAUUUAUACUAAAUGAUUAUCGCGUUCCACAAGGAGGAGCCCGCUAUUCUUUCGAUAAGUUUAGGGAUAUGCUUUUACAUUCUAAAACAAAGGGAAAUGUAAUUCCGGGGCUUGAUUCUGAACCCUUUGGUGGGAGUAUUUUGACCAGAAUCGCAUCUGCUACCGACAUUUUGUCACCCUGUGGGGCUAACUCAUUCUCACUUGAGAAUACUCAGCCUCUAUACACAGUCAAUUUUGAAUUUAUGGGAGAACAUUCUUCAUCUUUGCAGCUUGAAACUGAAUUCGCAAAAUCCCCCGGCUCUGGCCUUUUUGAAGUCUCUCAACGACGGUGGAUACGGCCACAGAACGCGGUUGAUGUUGGCGACAAGCACCCACCGUUGCAGGUAGCUGUGAUUGAUUUUGAGAGCUGCCAUUGGCAACUCGAAAUUUGCGCUCUAAAUUUUCAACCUUCUUCGAGCAUUGCGCAGUCGCUUAGAGCUUUUGCCAAUUCAAUACACUUCAAACCCGAUGCAAACCUUGGUUUCUGUGGUAACAUCACACGAAGAGUGACAUUUUCACAUCUUGCCCCCAUUAACAGACUUGUUGAAAAGACCGCCCUCCGCUACCAGCUGAAGGAAAGCAGCUAUAUAUUGGAAGUUGCCCGCUACGAUACGUACAUCCGCGCGAUCUCAGGUACUAAAUUGUCAGAUACUCCUAUGACCACUUGGGGGGCAUCUGUUUUUGAUGUUCAAUGGGAUAACCUGCUCGGUCAACAUGCGAACAUUAAGCUGGGAUAUGCACCCGAAUGGACUCCAUCUUUGAGUACUUGGUUUCCUGAUCUUCACCAUGCAAGAUCCACAGACGAAUGUAAGGGGUUUGAACAAUUCAUAGAUCUUAUCCACCGAAUCGCCCUUCUUCUAAGCCCCAACGCUAUCCGCGGUUCUGUCGUUCAUGAAGAUAUUACUAUAGGAUCCCAGAGUUCAGAAAGGCCCGCACCCAAGUGCGAUACCGCCAUACGGUCUUCUACGAGGUAG